UGCUCCGAGUGAUGGUGUGAUGACGGUGAAAAAAGUUUCCAAUGUUCCUCCGAUAGACGCGUGGAGGUGAUGGCUGAGUUCUUGUCGACGUCGACAUAAAGAGGGCGACCCCUUACCCCUUGACUCGAGCCGGGACGACAUACAAACUCAAGCUCCCUAAGUCACCUCCUUGUAUACUGCCUACCACGAUCGAACAGCAGAAGAACACUCAAUCAACAUCAACACCAUCAAUCAACCUCGUCCCAAAACCUCACUCCAUCCAGUCAGACCAGUCACCCCACACCAUCGUGACCAUGUCCACCCCAAGCUCAAAGCCCAAAACAAUCCUCUUCCUCGGCGCGACAGGCGGAUGCGGCCUCUCCGCCCUCCGCCGCAGCCUGUCGGCAGGACACACCUGCAUCGCGCUAUGCCGGACACCAUCCAACCUGACCAGCCAACUCCCCGGCGGCACCAACCCGCCCAACCUACACAUCGAGCAAGGCAACGCCCACGACGUCGACACCCUCAUGCGCUGCCUGGUGAUCACUCCCACUCCCACCACCACAACCACCACCACCACCAAACUAACCCUGGUGGACACAAUCAUCUUCUCCAUCGGCGCGAAACCCACCCUGCGCGGGAAAGGUGGCAUGUCCGACCCACACGUAUGCGAGAAGGGGAUGACCGCACUCCUAACCGCGCUUGAACGCAUCCGUUCCGAGCACGGCGUCUCUCAGGUUGGCACCCCGCGGAUCGUAGCUGUCAGUUCAACGGGGAUCACCCCGCUUGCGCGGGACCUGCCGUGGCUGAUGAUGCCGAUGUACAAGCUGCUGCUGAGCACGGCGCAUCGGGAUAAGAAGGCUAUGGAGGAUUUGUUGGUGGAGGGGAUGGGGAAGGACGAGGAGUGGACUAUUAUCCGGGGGAGUUUGUACACGUCCGGUCCGGAGACGGAGGGGUUGGUUAGGGUUGGUGUGGAGGAUCCGGUUGCUGGGAGGGUUGAGAGUUUGGCCGUCGGGUAUACUAUCAGUCGGGAGGAUGUGGGGAAGUGGAUUUUUGAGAAUUUGAUUCAGGGAGUGAGUAAGAGGGAGGGGGAGGGGGAGGGGUUGAGGGAUGGGAGGAGGUGGGUGAGGAAGGCGGUGACGAUCACAUAUUGAGAUCUUCAUGGCGAGUUGUGAGUCUGGAGUGGGGUGA